AUGCAUGAGCAUGAAAUGUCCUACAUGGGCCCUCGGGCCUUCAGUCACGAUCAGAGCCAAGAUGCAGAGGCCGAAUAUGACCGUCUCCGCAACCUAGCCCGACAAGAAGCUUCAAAGCGCAACUCAUGUUUCCAACGGUCUCAAGAAGCCUACUCUAGCGGCGAUGGCGCCAAGGCCAAAGAGCUCUCCGAACAAGGCAAAGCCCACGGUCGCAAGAUGGAAGAAUACAACAAGCAAGCGUCGGAGUUCAUCUUCCGUGAGAACAACGCCAACGGGCGCGUCGCAGCAGACACCAUCGAUCUGCACGGACAAUUCGUCGAAGAGGCAGAGGAGAUCCUCGAGGAGAGGAUCAAGUAUGCGAAAGCGCACGGUCAGGAUCAUCUCCAUGUGAUCGUCGGCAAAGGAAACCACUCGGCCAACCAUAUCCAGAAAAUCAAGCCCCGAGUAGAGCAAGUCUGUCAGGAACUUGGUCUUCAGUACGCGACUGAGGAAAAUGCUGGGCGCAUUUAUGUCAAUCUGACUGGUGGACCGGCGGAUAUGGAGACUGCGCCUACGCCCAAUCAUCCUCACUAUCAGCAAUACCCUCAGCAGCAGCAGCAUCCAUCGGGCACCUAUGCUCACCCGCAUCAGCAGCAACAGCAGCAAUAUCCCGGUUCGCAACAGCAGCAGUAUUCUGGUUCUCAGCAGCAACAGCAACAACAGCAACAGGGUGCGGGUAACCAGGAUGAGAUCGAGCAGGUGGUCAAUGCGGUUCUGCCUAAGAUUCUCAAUAAGCUGGAGAAGGCUUGCUGUGUGGUCAUGUGA